CUUCCUCUCUCCCCUACCGACCCCGUUCCCCUCUUCCCCACGAGAGAGAUUUUCAAAAACCCUACCUCGCCGCUCCACCCCCGUCCCCCCGAUCCCCCCCACCCAAAACCCUAGCCGCCCCAGAUCGCGGCGAUAAUGGAGGUGCCGCCGGAGAUGCUCGACACCCUAGCGGGCUGGUUCGCGCAGACGCUCUCCCCCGACGCCGCCGCCCGCCGCGCCGCCGAGCAGAGCCUCGCCGCCGCGGCCGCCACCCCGGGCUUCGCGCUCGCGCUCCUCGGCCUCGCCUCCUCCCCGCGCCACGACCUCCAGGCCCGCCUCGCCGCCUCCGUCCACUUCAAGAACCUCCUCCGCCGCCGCUGGCCCAAGCCCGCCGACGACGCCGACGACGCCGACCACCUCCCGCCCAACGACUGCGUCAUCAUCAAGACGCACAUCCUCCAGCUCCUACUCACCGCCCCGCCGCUCAUCCAGUCGCAGCUCUCCGAAGCCCUCGCCGCCGCCGCGGCCUCCGACUUCCCUGCCAGAUGGGAGUCGCUCCUCCCGUCCAUCGUCUCCUCGCUCGGUAACGCCCUCUCGGCGGGGGACGUCCCCGCCACCAACUCCCUCCUCGCCGCUGCGUUCUCCCUCUUCUCCCGCUUCCGCAACGUCUUCGACAGCAACACCCUCCGCAUCGACCUCAAGUACUGCCUAGACACUUUUGCGGCGCCCCUCCUCGAGGUCUUCCUCUCCACCUCUCGCCGCCUCCAGGCCUCUGCAGUCGCCGCAAGCCCACUUGAACUCCGCCCCGUAUUUGAGUGCCUUCGUCUGUGCUGCGAGAUCUUCUACUCGCUCAACUCUGUGGACCUGCCGGAGUUCUUCGAGGAUCACAUGCGUGAGUGGAUGACAGAGUUCCGUGCAUUCCUCACCACCUCCUACCCUCCGCCUGUAGAGGCAGAUGGUGCUCCAGAUGCGCUCCGAGCUGCUGUCUGUGAUAACCUGCAGCUGUACAUGGAGAAGUAUGAGGAAGAGUUCAGGGCAUAUUUGAAGGAGUUUGUUGAGGCCGUGUGGGGGCUCCUCAUGGCGCCGACAGUCUCGCCGUCCCGUGGUCAGCUUGCCGUGACUGCGAUAAGGUUCUUGACAACAGUCGCCGAGAGUGUUCACCAUGCUUUGUUCGGGACUCCUGAUGCAAUGAAACAGAUAUGUGACAGCGUUGUUGUGCCUAACCUGCGACUGCGGGACGAGGAUGAGGAGUUGUUUGAGGGGAACUGGGUGGAAUAUGUCAGGCGUGAUGCAGAGGGAAGUGAUACCGAUACACUGAGGCGUGCUGCGUGCCGCUUGCUGCGUGGGCUAGCCGCGAACUACCGGGAACAGGUGGCUGUACUUGUAUCAGCGCAGGUCCAGCAGAUGUUGGCUGCAUAUGCCGCUGACAGGGCAAACAACUGGAAGGAGAAGGACGCUGCGAUAUAUCUUGUUAUUGCUCUUAUGCAGAAGCCUGGUGCCACAGGUGGUGGGACACCUGUGGUUGACAUGGAGAGCUUCUUUGCAUCUGUGAUUGUGCCCGAGCUGCAGGCCCCUGAUUGGGAAUCUGAGCCAAUGCUGAAGGCAACAGUCCUCAGGUUCUUGAAGGAGUUCAAGGAUCAGAUACCCAAAGCCACCGCACUGGCUCUGCUUCCAAGUGUUACAAGGUUCCUGACGCACGAGUCCAAUGUUGUCCAUUCCUAUGCUGCGAUCUUUAUCGAGAACCUGCUGAUCAUCAAGGAUGUUGUCCAGGUACCAGGGGUCAAUGUAGUGACAAGAGCUUCACGCUAUGUGGCUACUGAUAUCAACUCUUUUGCCCAGCAGAUUAUUCAGAGCCUGUCCAAGGCGUUAGGUUAUCCUGAUUCUUAUGAGAACCCCUAUCUGAUGAAGUGCCUGAUGAGAGUACUGGGGAUCGCAACUAUCGCUGGCCAAGUUGUUCAUGAGAUAACCGCUCGUCUUGUGGGCAUUCUGAUGGAAGUGUGCAAUAACCCCAAGAACCCUGACUUUAAUCAUUACUUGUUUGAAGCUCUGGCAGCAGUGAUUGGCAAGGCUGGUGAACAAGACCCAGCAUUGGUACCUUUGUUUGAGGCAAGCCUCUUCCCAGUACUCCAGAGGAUAUUAGUUGAGGACAUCUCAGAGUUCUGGCCAUAUUCUUUUCAGAUAUUCGCACAGCUUGUCAAUUUGAGCCGACCACCUCUCUUGCAGAAUUACAUGCAGCUGUUUGGUGUCUUGCUCAGCAAUGCUACUUGGGAUCGACCACCAUGUGUUCCUGCCUUGGUUCGCUUGCUGCGAGCAUUCCUUCGGAAAAUUCCAAAUGAGCUUAACCAAGAAGGUAGGCUGCCAAAUAUCUUAGUGAUAUUCCGUAGUCUAGUUUCACGCAGCAGCACGGAAGAUUCUGCAUUCUACAUGCUUAACACGCUAGUGGAAAAUGUUGGUUUGGACAUUAUCAAUCCACACAUAAGUGAGAUAUGGAGUGCUCUCUUUACUCGCUUACAGACUAGGCAAGCAGUGAAGUUUGUGAAUUCUCUUGUGGUGGUCAUGUCCUUGGUGUCAGUCAAGUAUGGGCCAGGUGUUCUUGUCAGUUCUGUUGAUACGAUUCAGCCGAAUCUCUUCACCACAAUUCUUCAGCGUUUUUGGAUUCCCAAUCUCAAGUUGAUCAAAGGUUCUCUUGAAAUCAAGCUUACAGCAGUUGCCUCAACAAAGUUGCUUUGUGAGUCCGCGGUGCUGCUGGAUGCUGCUGCAGCCCAAACGUGGGGUAAAUUGCUUGAUAGCAUUGUCACACUGUUGUCUAGAACGGAGCAAGAUGGAGUACAACAAGAGCAAAAUGACGGAGCUGAUGCGGUGGAUAAUCAGAAGACAUCAGGUUAUUCUGUCUCAUUUGUACGCCUUCAGUAUGCUGGGAAGAGUGAAGAUUAUCUGUUGAAAGACAUAAAUGAUCCAAAGCAGUUUCUGGUGACAUCCUUGGCCUCACUUUCUGCACAGUCUCCUGGAAGGUUUGGUCCUGUCAUUGAGCAGCAUGUGGACCCAGCAAACAAAAGUGCUCUUCUUCAGCUUUGUGCUGCCUAUAAUGCCAACAUUGUCUAGGAGCCAAAUGGCGUCGUUCUAAGGAAUGCUUGGUUACCAGAGUUUUUCUGUCAGAGGAUGAUGAGUCUCUUGGUGUCAUGUGUCCAUGAAGCUGGUUCCUGGUUCGUCCAUGUGUAGGUUGAUGGUGUGAUGGGAAAGAGAAGGUCGCCAAAUCAAAUCAUAUAGUAGAAACAUGAACUUUGUACUUUGUGGAGAAUCUGUCUAUUUUGGUUUGAAAUUUUUGUGUGUGUGGAAGAGUUCUCUUUUUCCCGGUGAGUGUACUGGUACUGGUCCAGAAUGUUGUCAACGUUGUCUGUGUGUGUUGUUAUUCCCCGUGGGAUCUGCUGUAAUUCGGCAUGGGAAAUGGUAUAUUUGUUGGAUGUUAUUGGCAGCAUCCACUGUUGGUGUAA